ACACACACACACACACACGGGCUGCUCAAGUGCUUUCAGAUUUGUCUUCCAUUCCAGACAGGACAGAUAAUGAGAGAGAUUGCAUCCCGCUAAUCCAUUAAGUUGUGUGCCAGCUAUUGGCUUCCUUGUGAGGAGAGGUGUUGCUGUAACCGCCCAGUCUGAAUCAGUGAAUUAAAAAUAGGGACUUCGCAUAGCGGCCCUCACAUGGCUGACAUCCGUCAAAUACACAGACAGCUGAGUGACGGUAACAUAAUGUCUUCUCCUGUGUUAGCCUUGUCUGCUCAUCGGGGCGAGAACCAGUACAUUUAUGGAGUCUUGGUAAAGUGAUGUUAGGAGGGUGCGCGUGUCCCAUAUUAUUGCCUUGUGUAGGCUGCAGGCUGCAAACGGAUGUGGUUGGCAGGGAGUUGUUUGGUAUACAGAGAGGAACAGAUGGCUUGCCUGUUGUAAGGCUCGUCACCGACCAGCUAAAGUCAUUCUUAAGUAAUUUGGUUGGGUUGGGUUAUUUCUUGCCAGAAGCUGCUGCCGUUUAUGUUCAUUUUCUGUUUCCACUUUGGCUCUUGAGAUGUUUUCUUCAAUAUGAUGAAGUGAGUAAUGCGGUUUAUGAUCAUUCUCUUUAUCAUUCCCUUUAUCCAUCAAUUAGCGUUUUUUUUUUUUCCUUUUGAAAUGGCAAAAAAAUUAGAGCCAAUUAGAAAUUCCUCAGAGGCCAAAGAAUUGUUUUCGAAUGAUUCUCUUUGAGUUGAUGGAUCCCUUCAGCUCUACAGGAACGACAUGUUCUCUUACGCGUACCCGGUCAGCAUAUGUGGUCAGUGUUGCUUAUUGAGCACAGCAGUUCGUUUGGGCUGAACAUUUCCUUCUGCACAGAUAUUAGGACUCAGUUCUGGAGGAGAAAAUUUCAGCGAGGGACCAGUGGCAUUCGAAAAAUGGGCCCUUCAGAGAUGCCCGGCUCUUCAGGCACAACCCAGAGUAUGAAGAAGACCAUUGGACACCGGGGGGUCGAGACCACCACAGGAGAAACAACCUAUAAAAAGACCACGUCAUCGGCCCUUAAAGGUGCCAUCCAGCUGGGCAUCACUCACACAGUUGGCAGCUUAAGCCAAAAGGCGGAGAGGGAUGUUCUCAUGCAGGACUUUGUGGUGGUCGAAAGCAUCUUCUUCCCCAGUGAAGGCAGUAACCUCACUCCGGCUCACCACUACAGUGACUUUCGUUUUAAGACCUACGCUCCUAUUGCCUUUCGUUACUUCAGAGAACUCUUCGGGAUCCGUCCAGAUGACUACCUGUAUUCUCUGUGCAACGACUCACUGAUCGAGUUGUCCAACCCUGGAGCCAGCGGGUCCCUCUUCUACGUCUCCAGCGAUGAUGAGUUCAUCAUCAAGACUGUUCAACACAAAGAGGCGGAGUUCCUCCAGAAACUCCUGCCUGGAUACUUCAUGAACAUAAACCAAAACAAGCGCACCCUGCUGCCCAAGUUCUACGGGCUGUAUUGCGUUCAGGCGGGGGGCAAGAACAUCCGCAUUGUAGUGAUGAACAAUCUUCUGCCUCGGAUCAUCCCCAUGCACCUCAAAUACGACCUCAAGGGCUCCACCUAUAAGAGACGAGCUUCCCCUAAAGAGAGAGAAAAGGCCGUUCCCAUUCACAAGGACCUGGACUUUAUCGAGGACUUGCCUGACGGUCUGCUGCUGGAAGCAGACAACUACAACGCCCUGUGCAAGACCAUUCAGAGGGACUGCUUGCUGUUGCAGAGUUUCAAGAUCAUGGAUUACAGUCUGCUGAUGGGAAUCCACAACAUGGACCAGGCCAGCCGAGCGCGUGAACGUAGCAGGGGAAACUCCGGAGACAGCGGGGGUUCGGAGGGAGCGGUGACCCCAGAUCAGCGAAGGCCACAAGUGCAGAAAAGUCUGUACUGUACAGCCAUGGAGUCCAUUCAGGGGGAGGCUCGAGGGAAGGGAGCUUUGGAUUCAGAGGACCACAUGGGGGGUAUUCCAUCGCGCAAUGCUAAAGGGGAGAGGCUGCUGAUUUACAUCGGCAUCAUUGACAUCCUCCAGUCUUACAGGUUUAUUAAGAAGUUGGAGCACUCCUGGAAGGCCUUGGUCCACGACGGGGACACGGUUUCAGUUCACAGACCCGGCUUCUAUGCAGAUCGUUUUCAGCAAUUCAUGUGCAAUACUGUGUUCAAAAGAAUUCCACUGAAACUAUCUCCAUCUAAGAAGAGUCGUGGCGGAGGUCAGGGAGGUCUCAGGAGGGCCCCCACCCUGGGAGCCCCCACCGCGCUCUCCCAAUCAACAGGACAGUCAGCUGCCGACGGGAGACAAGUCCACCACAGCCACUUUAAAAGCACCGAUUCAGAAGCAGACAGUGCUCCCUCCUCAGGUGUGCAGUUGGGCAGACCGGAUCUCGUUCCAAGGACCCCGCCGGUUGGAGAAAACCCUUCUGACUACGAGGCCAACCUGUCCACCUCGUCACUGGGCAGCACCGGGGUCGGCGCCACCUCUCCUCCCAUACGGUCUGUAGGGGUAGAGGUGCACAAAUCGGCAAACACAGACCUCGACCGUCACAGUUUGGAUGCAGAAGCUGAGGUUGAUAGUUCAGGCAACCUCGCUGGGAACGAAGACGUAAUUUCACUCUCGGACAUCAUCCCCGAAACCAACAUUUCUUUUUAAAAAGAAAACUCAACGGAUGUUUGAAGAAGAGGUGUCUCUGGACGAGGUCGGAUGAAGAUGAAGAAAGCAAAAGUCACCCAUCCAACAUGGACCCUCCGUUGCGCCGCUGCUGUUUUCUCACCCAAACAGUAUAUGCAGGGAUUGACGAAUGAAGGAAAUAGUUAUGGGGAAGAUCAAGGAGAAGAGGCUAUGCGGAAGGCUUUUGUUUUCCCAGCCAUCAACACCCCCUGUCAAGCCCCACUGUCCUCAUACACACAUGGGCGAAAAAAGGCCAAUGGCCCUGGAUCUCCCGCUCAUCUCAAAAAAUGUUACCUGACAAAAAGAAACAAUAAUUAGUUGUAUAUAGUUAAAAGCCCUUACCCAUAGAGACAUUGUGUCCGAUGGACGACACAGACAGCAUUUCAGUGGGAACACUUUAAGAGCACAUAGAGGACAUCGCCUGGACUGUGUGUUCAUGCGGAGCCUUGAGUGGGUUCACGUUUUUGUGAUCCGCUACCACACUUCCAUUCCCCCCUCGGACCCCCACGUGCAGGGGCGCGCUGAGCUACCAGCAGUCCUGGUUUGAGUCGAGCCCGGCUGCUGUGGACCCUGCAGUCGCAUAUGCAUUUCUUUUUAACGGAUGUACAGUAUUUGUUUGAGAACGGUGGAGGAACGGAUUCAACCCCGCGGAUGAGGUCAUUUGGUUUUAAGUUAUUCUGCUGGCAAAAGAUCCAACGGGGAUCUUUCCACUGCUGAAUGUUCGUCACAAUGUUUUCAUAUAUAAAAUGUGUCUUAACUUAACAGACCACAUUUGUACAACCCUGAAAAUCUCCCUCUCUUAUGUGACCAAGUAUGCUGUAUAUGUAUACGGAGAAGCGCUGCAUCGCUGCCCAGGAGAUGCUGCUGAUGGGCGUCGUGACAUCAACUCGUAGAAAAUGAAUAAUGUCCAGGUCAUUUGUCUGUCAUGUCUGUGCCUUUUUAAUUUUUAUUUACAUGUUUUUCGCUUUCCUAACGUGUGAUGUGAAGUGACUGUAAGGUCAGUUUCUGGUGGUUAGUGCUGUGGUUAAACCGAGAAACCUGCCUUAUUACUACAGCAGAAGUUGUCAAACUGCUUUUUGUGUGUCUGGACCAACAGUCAGUGCUUAAAAUAGUUUUCCGAUUUGAGUGCAAAACACUAAUACCGCCUGGUUUGAAUAUGUGAAUGCAUCAGCUCAGCUAAUCCUGUCUCCUCCCCCCACGUGGGACAGUCAGGAUGUCGAUCCCUUUCAUAUUCAUUUCUGCUGGUUACAGAAGUGACUUCCGCCCACAUCCACUUUUGGACCAAGAUUAAUAGCUAUGUGUAUAACUAUUUGUAUUCUUUUUUUAAUGUGGUCGAUCUCCGCUUUUCCUCUGCUCUUCAUAACAACCGUGCUUUGUUUUUUGUUUUUGAUGAUGUGUUUUCUCAAGGCACAAGGCUGCAGAGCACUUUUAACCCCACCACAUAUUUCUGAUGCAGAAAUUUGAAUCACUACAAUGUGACUGUAGCAACACUUAAGAUCUGGACAUCAUCUCAUUCAAGGUAUUACUAUUUAUGUUUUGUAGGCACAUCUGGUCUAUGCAGCAGAGAGGGAGAGGGGGAAAUGUGAGGUUUGAAUAUAGAAGAAAAGAAAGCCGCUCGUGUUCAGCUGAGGAUUUAGGACGGAGUCUUUUGUAUCAAGGAUGUCGAGGCACCAAAGAAAAGCGUCUACAAUGUUUCCAGAUCCUGUGCAGUUGGCGUGAAAAUGAAAUCAGACACUCGACCCCCGCAUUGACUGACUGACUAUGCGGCAAUCACACUGGUUUGACCUCUUUUUAGGAUUGAUUCUUGAACUGGAAGUUAUUUUUGCAAAACAAUUGCUCUUAUCUGACAACAACGUAUUGUUUCUUUAUCAAGAAUCUGUUUCCUUUUGGCCCGAGACAUUUCAAGAUUCAACCCCACAUUCCUUUUGUUCACUAGUAGCCCUUUGUGUGAUUAGGACAAAGUACUUGAAAUGUAUUGUUUCUCAUACUAUGCUGAAGUGUAACGUCUUUGCUUUCAAACAGCUCAAUUUCAAGUUUUAAUUAGUUGGUCGACAGCCACCAAAGAAAAACAACUCCAGCUAAUUUUAAGAUCAUGUUAUGUGACAUCUCACUUUUUUCUGUUUUAAUUUCUUUAGAUGGGUGGUGUAGUUUAUUUUGAUGGGUGCUGUGGUGUGUAACGGACUGAUGCAGACCAGUUGUGGUGCAGUUCUGUACCUCACCAUGGCUGAAAUAGAAACCACCUACGGUGCUUAACGGGCGGUGCAGUCAGUGUAGACACUAUAAUGUAAUGCAAUGUACACGUACGCAAACAAAACACAAGCGUCGCCACAUUUCAUUUCUAAGAAGUAUAUUUAUUAAUGUGGUGGCUGCGGGGUGGAAUGAUGACAGUUUGAUUCGUUACCUUUGUAGAUUGUACGAUUACUGUAAGCUCACUGAAGGAUGUCUGAAACUUUAUAGUGUGUAUUUCCUGUGAUGGCAGACUAUUGACUAUUUUACUUUUUUAUAUUUGAAGGUUCAGAAUGUUAUAUGAUGAAUAUAUUUGCGCCACAACGAUUCUGGGCUCUUAAUCUCCCAAACUUUUUUUACGUGAAUGUUUCUGAACGCUUACGACGACAUUGCCCGUUGUCUUAUAAUGCUUCAAUCGCUAUAUUUCUACUGUGUAUAAAAUGUGUAUAUGUACAUAGGAGUCACGGAAAUGCCUUCUCAUGCAAUACGUGCUGCCUGUCUCCUGCCAUGUUUCAGUUAUGUGGUGGUGAUGUUUUCAUGUUUGGUUUUGAAGGAUUAAACAUAUUUUCUAAAUCAG